AUGGGCUCUUCGAUGAUCGAGGCUUCUUCGGAUCCUCACUACCCGUCGACGGAAGACGUGGACGCGACGCUGCUCCACGGCCUGGGCGAGUGGGAGAUACGAUCUGACAUACAAUACCUCGACAACGGGGCCUUUGGCGCCUGUCCCGUGCCCGUGGCGGAGACGCAAAAGGAGAUUCGGCGCUGGAUCGAGUCCAACCCGCACGACUUCUUCGAGAGGAGCUACGUGCCCGCGCUGCAGGCCAGCCGCGAGGCCCUGGCCAGCUUCCUCAACGCCGACCUGUCCGGCUUCGUCCUGCUCCCCGGGGCCACGUACGGUACCAACGCUGUGAUACAGAGCCUGCGUUUCAAGCCGGAUGACGAAAUCCUGACUACCAAUCACGCCUACAGCUCCGUCCGCCUGGCCCUCGAGCACGUUGCCCGGCGGGACGGGGCUCGGCUCGUUGUCGUCGAGAUACCCCUCGCCGUGCCGUCUCCCGAGUUUGUCGUGUACGAGAUAGUGGCUCAUGUCACGCCGCGAACGCGCUUUGCCGUCAUCGAUCACAUCCCAAGCAGGUCCGGCCUGGUAUUCCCCGUCAAGAAGAUUGUGCGCGCCCUCGAGGCCCGUAAUGUGGACACCCUCAUCGACGGCGCCCACGCACCUGGCAUGAUCCAGGUGGAUAUCAAGGCCAUCGGCGCUUCGUACUACGUGGCUAACUGUCACAAGUGGAUGUGCAGUCCGCGGGGAGUCGGGUUCCUUUCCGUUCGACAAGACCGCAUGCAGAAUAUCAAGCCGCUCGUUAUUGCCCGGUCACCCUACAUGGUCAACAAGGCCCGAUACUCCACUCUCGAGCACGGUUUCUCCUGGAUGGGCACCUACGAUGUCUCUGCGCUGCUCUCCCUGUCCUCGUCCAUCAACUUCCUCCGCACCCUGCUCCCAGGCGGAUACAAAGCCCUCACGAGGAGAAACCAUAGGCUGGCAGUCAUUGCGCGGAAGAUGGUCUGCCAAGCACUCAAUGUCCCGGUUCCGUGUCCAGAGAGCAUGAUCGGAAACAUGGCCUCCAUUCCGUUGCCCGACUCUACUGGACCAGAGCGCGAGGGGAUGCUGCCUAUCCAGCAGACCCUCUGGCGGGAGCACGGCAUUGUGAUUCCGGUGUAUGCUUGGCCCUCUUAUCCCAAACGAGUGAUUCGGCUGUCGGUUCAGUCGUACAACUCGCUGGAUCAAUACGUCCGACUGGCCGCCUGCUUGCGCUCAGUGCUGUGCAAGGAGGGGAGCUCCAUCCCGAGAAGCCUCACUCUCGAGGGCAUCAAGACGCCGCAGCCGACACUGGAGAAGCCAAUCGAAUAUGGCUUCAUAUCCAUCGAGUCCACCGAAGCAUGCUGCCAUGAGACGGACCAGUGGGGCAACGACACCCCCGGCUGUCUUAAAACUCCUCACCAAGAUAUCGAGUACCCGGCUCCAUGGUUGCUCUGCCGGUUAGCGCAGCAGAGGAUACGCAAAAUCGCAGCCCAGGCAUACGCGGCCUAUCCCGUUUCCCUUUAUCCGACGGCGGAAGAAGCCGAGGUGCUGUUCACCACUGCCAAUGGACCAAGAACUCGCCAUGCGAACAUGGAGAUAUCCAGAGUCGAGUACAUGCUGUCCUGCGUCGGGCCACGAAGGAUCCCGCAGGUCACGCUUCCGCUCAUCGAGCAAUUGCUUAACGCAGAUGAUGUUAUUGACAGCUGGCUGAGCGUGGCGGGAAAGCUCAAGAACCAUACCCAUACGCUGACUAGAGCCAUCACUUUCGACAUGGACGCCUCGCGAACCCCUGCCGAGCUCCCCGCAGACACCCGCAACUUUGUCUGCCGUGUGGUGCCGUAUGCGACAGAGGCCAAGGAGCAGAACCCGAGUCGCAUGCUCUGGACCCGUGCGCUACACGACUUUGUCGCAAGAGUCCGGACAUGGUCCCUCUCGGGGGUCGAGUCGUUUCUGCAAAUUUACGCCUUCCUCAAGGACCCCGUCGGCGGACCACGGAAAGACGUCAAGGACCAGGCCCGCUUCUUCGUCUCGAUGCUCAACGACCUCAAGUUUGAGCUGGAAAGCAUGAAUCUGGCCCCGGAGACUUGGGAGGAGAUUGCCGCGCAGCUCGCUCUUGAAUCGUCGUUUAUGGCACAUGCCGAAGUGCAGCAUACGGCGUACAUCCACUUUGCUGGGGAUGAGCAGCUGGUGUACUCGUACGUUGACAUGGACAGCCUGGGCCGCUCCGAGUUUGCCACCCCGGCCAUUGUGGUAGGGAUGGUGCAGGAGAUGAUGGCGCUGGGUGGCAAGAUAUGCUCCGUCGCGCCUGUGACCGUCGCCUACGGCUAUCCCAUCUCCUCGAGCCAUGAGAGCCGACCAAUCGUGGUUGACGGCAACAACCGCGUUGCUUCGAUUCUCUUCCUCAGGUUCAUCGCUGCUCACGGCGUCCCCGACGCUGGAGACGUGGGGACGCUGCGAGACUACUGCCGAGACCACGGCCUCGGGCCCAUAUGCUUCGUGGACUUGUGCGCCGUGCUUGAGGAGCUGUGGAAGAACCAGGGAGAUGUUCUGGGGCAGCUGAAAAGGGGCGCCGAGAAGCUGUCUUCGUUCGAACGCGCUCGCCAGAUCCCGGUGCUGAUUACCGAAGAACCGUGCUUCUUGACGAGGACCGUAGCAGCCAAUGGCGACACCAUUCUCCAACCGGUCCACCAGUCCAUCUUUGCCACCGACGACUUGCUUGUGGCGCUUCCGGCAAAGAUGCAGCUGCAUGGACGGCCCAAGGGGUUUCGAGCUCUGCCGAUUCGAUGA